GCAAAUAACUGCACCGAGGACUAUUUUUGUCUCCCUACUCAGGUUUCUUCCUACUAGACUUCAAAGAGACCUGUAACUUGGAAUUACUGCAGCUGAAAAACAAGAGAGCAGAGCCAGAUAAACUAAUUUCCUCGCCCCUGUACGAGGCCCUGGCUAGUGGAGGGACCCUCUUUAACUGGUAUGCCCUGCGCGGCUGGUUCACAUUAACUUCGUUUGACGGCCCCGUCGAAGUCGCAAGUCCGCCCUCCUCUGCGCACGAUCUUUGACGGAGUCCCCACGGAUGAAUGUCUGCCAGACUGAAGAAAACAUACACCUUCUCAGUCCAGAUCGCAAGGGGAGGACGCCGGAGAAAUACUGCUGAUUUCAUCUGGACGCUUUGCGCAUUGCGUAAUUGGCAAAGAAAUGCGCGCCUUCUUCAGACAGGCUACACAUACAUUUUGGGACUCUUCUCUCCUGGAAGGCGUUUACCGCACUGUGUAUGUUGUGAACACAACAGAAACAAGGAUGAGAGUGUCUAGCAUGCUUGGGAAAGGUCGACAUCAGAUGCUGGUGGCGCUCUGUGGGCUUGUUUUGGUUGCGAGGCAGAGCGGAGCAGUUUCCAGAUGUGUGGAUCAUGCCUGUAGUCCACCCAUAGGAAACCUGGCCAGCGGCAGGUCCCUCACCAUCCUCUCAAGCUGCUGUGGGAACAGCUCUCCUCACCACUGCCCUUGCCCCCAUUCUCCUGUGACCCAUCAACUCUGCCCUGAGGACAUUCACCCACCUGCGCUCAUGACUGAUGACCCUUUCUUACAUCCAGAGACCUGGUGGGCGUCAGGCGCAGGUACCGCUAUACAGGAGCAGCAGGAGGAGAUCCGGCUGGAUCUGGAAACACAGUUCUGUCUGUCCCAUGUGGUUUUGGUGUUCAGGUCGCCCCGACCUGCUGCCAUGGCAAUUGAACGUUCAGCCGACUUUGGGAAGACCUGGGAGGCUCUUAAGCUCUUUGCGAACAACUGCAAUUCAGAGUUUGGUUUGUCUGAUGAUUUUAGUCAGCCAGGCUCUUUGUGUACAUCUCGUUACACUAGUGCGACACCCUGCAGUGGUGGUGAGGUAAUAUUACGGACACUAGACCCCAGCGCUGCUAAAACACUGGACCCUUACAGUCCAGAGGCCCUUGCUCGCCUCACCCUCACUAACCUCCGCAUCAGGCUGCUAAAAGCCCAGACCUGCUCUGCACCUCUGAACCCCCCGACAGGACAGACAAGCCCCACAGCCUCAGCUCUGACCUCCGCCUCCACUAAAGAAAACUCAUUCUCAGCACCUUAUGCUAUAUUUACUUUACUGGCCAGAGGGACCUGUCUGUGCCACGGACAUGCUGAGUACUGUGUACCAUACAACGGCAGCCAAGACACACGACAGGACAGUAACAUGGUGCCUGGUAGGUGUCUGUGUACGCACCACACAGCAGGGGAUCACUGUGAGAAAUGUGCUCCGCUCUACAACGAUCGUCCCUGGAGGCCCGCCAACGGCAGCAGCGGGGAGCCGAACCCGUGCCAGAAGUGCGAGUGCCAUGGUCACGCAGACAGCUGUCACUUCUCUCAGCGGGCAUGGCGGUCAUCCGGUGACACCAGUGGGGGCGUUUGCGAUGACUGCCGACACAACACUGUCGGGCGUAGGUGCCACCGCUGUCGCCGCGGCUACCACCGUCACCCAUUCCUGCCCCUCAACUCCCCCCACGCCUGCACACGCUGCUGGUGUGAUCCACAGGGCUCUUUGCCUCCUCGUCCUGGAGAGGAGGGACCCUGGUGCCACCCUAGGAGUGGGCAGUGCCACUGUAAAUCAGGUGUAGGGGGCACAAGCUGCGGACAUUGCCUGCCUGGCUACUGGGGCUUUGGAGAGGGCGGCUGUGAAGCCUGUGUCUGCCCUCACAGCUGUGAUCCAACCACUGGGCAGUGUCUGGACAGCAACUCAAAUAAUCGGGUGUUCAAUGUGCCUGUCGGUGGAAAAAUCCCUGAUCUGGAUCAUAUGUUCCCCAUUGAAGAAGAGGUACAGUGGUCAAAGGGGCUUGCAGUCUCUGCUCUGCAUUAUACAGGAAAGUGCAACUGUAAGGAGAAGAAGCUGAGAAGUGUGUCUGACCUCUGUAGGACUAAACACGACUAUGUGAUCAAGGCCAGUGUGCUGUCUGCUCAUGACAAAGGCAGCCACGCAGAGGUGCAGGUCAAAGUUCGCAAGGUCCUUCGAUCAGGUCAGGUGGCGCUGUACCUGGGGACAGUCAGCAUCUAUCCUCUGUCCUGGACCAGCCGCGGCUGCACCUGUCCUAUACUGAACCCGGGUAUGGAGUACCUGCUUGCAGGCCCAGAAGAGGCUGGAACAGGCCGCUUGCUGGUCACCAUGCAAAGCGUAGCGGUCUCCUGGACACCUCGACUGGGUCUACUUAUAUCAGAGGGCCUGAGGAAUGGAUGUCCAUGACCCAUAUGAUCUGAUGAGGCGGGACACAUUUCAGGGAAAUUCACAUGGACACUCAUGAGUCAGUGGACAAUUCCGCAAGGGGACUGAAAAAUCGCUGGCCAACAUGUCGGUGAGGGCAAAUUUUCCAAGAGGAAAACUGAUGGUCCCCUCUACAAGAGAGGUACUCACAGUGUGUGGGUUUGUAACACAAUAUAAAGGCUGGAGUGCGUGCUUGGGAGGUCAAAUCUAAUAAAAUGCAUGUGUGAUGUACCUAA